AAAGUGCUACAAAUAGCUUACAACAGUUUACAUCUUACUAAGUAAUUGUGGAUACUUAGUAAUAAUGGUGCAAACGUGUUGUGUCACAAAUUGCAAAGAACGGCAAAAGCGUGAUAGGACUAUAUCUUUUCAUCAAUUUCCAAAAAAUCCAGAAUUACAACAGCAGUGGAGAAAAGCAAUAAAAUGUGGUAAUUUUAAUCCUUCAUCUCAUGCAAGAGUAUGUUCAAAACAUUUUUCAAGUGAUUGCUUUGUUGAAAGUCCUUGGAGUUCGAAGAGGAUAUUAAAAUCUAAUGCUAUCCCAAAUGUACCACAUAUACUUGAAACGCAACAUAUGCAAGAAAAGGAUAUACUCAAUGUUCCAUGCAUUGAAACAAAAAACAAAACUGCAAACUUAAAAAAUAAAUGUGAAGAUGAAAGCUUAAUACAUACUGUUAGUGCUAACGAAGAAAAUGUAUCACUGGAGAAGCCUUUAAGAAAGAAGCGAAAAGUUUAUGUUGGUGAUUUUGAGGAAUGUGAUGUAAUAAGUGAGAAAAAAAACUAUGUAGAGAUCAUUAACACAACAAUAGCAAAGAAAAACAAACAAAUUAAAAUAUUGCAACAGAAAAACAGAAGGCUUAUAAAAAAAAUUAAAGAUUUACAUUCGAUAUUUGGUAGAUAUACAAGAAAAAGAAGGAUUACAUUUAGGAACUAAAAUAACAAAGCGGCAU